AUGGCGGACUACAACCAGCAGUUGGCCGAUGCACAUCUCGGCGUAGAUCGCCGCACACCCACCGAGGUCAACCUGAGAAAGGCGGCCGUGCUAUACGAGAUAUUCCAGCGAGUGGGAGCCAUCGACCUCUACUUUGGGCUGCAGAAUGACCCGAACGCCAACAACCGCAACACCUCGAGUAGCGCGUCAGCGUACCGCCAUGGCGACCCACGCAUGCUGCGUCAGCUGUCUGGCGAGAGCCACGAUACCGCAACGACUGUCAGCGAACCCAAGGCAGUGCAGAAAGUCUUCACAGUCGAUGAGCUGUACCGAUCCAGGCUACUGGGCAGGUCUGACAGCGAUUCCUUCACGCCGCAGCCCACCGACACAGGGACUUUUUCAGAGGGAGUGCCCGAUGGUGGUGCGGCGGAUGCGCCGAAUGACGAAACUUCAGAAAGCAUUCCUCGCACCACCUCUGCGAAAAAUCGCGUGAAUUCGACGACUUUUUGUAGCGCGAGGCAGGCGGAGGACGCGUCUCUAGAUCAGGCUAGUGCGAGAAAUUCGGAUGCGUUCUCCAUGGACACAAACAGAUCGGCAACGCAGCCUCAGGGAAGCACCAUGGCUGUUGGCCCGUCCAAACCGUCGACAAUGCGUAGCAUCGGAUGGUCGUUGGAAAAAUCAGAGAACGAUCGUUCGAAAUCGCACUUUCGCAGCUACGCCCCGCCCAAGCCCAGCGAAUCUGUGGCGUGGAAGGACGACAAUGGCACCCUGUUAUUCGCGGAGUCACUGGACAUCAGCCGCAUUUACAAGUCUUCAAGCGGUGUCACGUCCAGAGCUUCGGCAGACAACACCAAUUGCAGCUUCAUGUCAUUUCCGUAUUGCUCCCAACCUACUAUCGAGCCAACGGCCUGCGGGUGUAACCCGGAGAAAUUGCGCAUCUUUGCCUGGAUUCAGGACUGGUUCGUGCCCAAUCUCCUGUCGGCCAUGAGCUGCUUUGGCUCCGUCGCACUGUUUUGCGGCGAUCGGCUGAGGCAAUACUUCACCCCCCUCGAAAUCAGCAAUGCGUCGCGAAGUUUCGACGAGGUGUUCCUUUCGAGCCUCGAAUUCGCCAUCCUCAAGGACGACAUGACCCGCUGCUACUUCAACAUAACGGACGACCGCAAGGAGCACCUGAUGAUGCGCGAGGUUGACGACUUCCGCCGGCUGUACAUGCGAAAGCGCAUAAACUUCGAGGAGUUUUGCCUGCACUUUGCUCCAUACCUGUCGCAAAAGCCAGAGGAAUACACACGCAACAAGAGCACAGACGACGCAGACGAGCUGAUGCAGCGCCGAGCACUCAGGCGGGUGCUGGAGAAGAGCCUCUACGGUCUGUCCGUCGAGCGGCCGAAUGAGUUCGUCAACAGGCAGUGUAUGCUCAAGCCGUACCAGAUGAUCGAGCCCAUACCACCGAAAACGUAA